AUGACACAGUCGACUUCCACGUAUCCAACGACGACGACAGAUAUGUUUGGUGUUAGUAAUAAUGGUAGUAGUAAUGGAAAUAGUUGUUCAUUCCAAACAGUAAUGCAGCAACACCACCCUCACCAACAUUAUUUUUCAAUCACUAGCGGGAUAACCGGAGUAUAUAAUAACUGCGCCGCCACAUUGCCGUCCAAAAAGCGUAAACAACAACCACCGCUCCCGCAAGAAUAUCACCAGAAUUACACUUUGGCGAAUUCUUGUUCUCCUGUUGCUUCUUUAUCUUCAUCUACUGAACUCUAUUUACUCCAUCAAAAAAAUAAUAAUUCGCCCUCAUCAACAAUUUAUAUGCCACAACAGCAGCAGCAACUCCAAUAUCAUCCACACUCACAGUUGAAUAAUUGCCAGAUGAACGCAAAUCAAAAUCUCUUUCAACCUCCUACAGCGGUGUGGUCAGACUAUGUAAGGUCGAAUCCUCCAUCGCCAUCAUUCUCUCCGCCUUUAUCUGCUGCCGCUACUUCAGAUACCUGCACCAGCAGCAACAACAGCAAAUGGAAUGAAGCUUGCAGGGCUGCCGCAAAUAUCUCAUCUGAUGCGCUAGUUUCCUAUCAUAAUUAUCAUAAUCACGUUCUUCCUGGCUAUCUAUACACGAAUUCUUUCAAUCCUGCGGCUGCAGCUUUUGCGUUGCCUCAAGAUUUCACAACAAAUGGUGGUGAUGUUAAUGUUGAUCAUGGUAGUGGAAAUAGUGACAGUAAUAAUGGAGUUCAUGAGACGAUCUCGGAAUCCUUUGAAUAUAAUAAUGGCAAUAUAUCUCCAAACAUGUCUGCUAGCACGACUCCAUUGCUAACGUAUGGUGAUGUAAUCAUGACCAGCACCACUGGUACUGGUCAUGAAUCCCAUCAACAAUUGGCCCCGGCAAAUUUCCCAUCACCAGUUUCUACUUCUAGUUCCACUUCACCAUUAACAUCGCCAUCGUCUUCAUCUCCUCCGCCAUCUUCUUCAUACAACAAUUGUAAUAAUAAAAGUAUUGGUAACGGAUAUCAAUUGAUAAUGAAAUCGAAUUCUAACACUAAUGGUGGAAAUGGUGGCCUGAUUAAUUAUCCUUGCUCGCAUCAAACCUUUAAGCCUCAAACUAAUCUUCUUGAUCAAUUGGCUGUCGCUAACGCCACGGUCGCUGCUCAAGAUAAAACUAAUAAAAUGCAGCAACAACAAAACCAAUUUCAUAUUAAUACGCAAACAUCACAACAAUCAAGAGAGCAAUUAAGCAAUCAAGAAAAACAAUCGUCAUCAGAGACGAAACCGAAAAGAAAAUCAUCUCGAUCAACACAAGCCAAAAAAGAUCAACAAGCUGCCCAAAACACCCAACAAGUUUCUAUUAAGGAUGCACAAGAAUCUUCGCGUCUAAUUAAUCGCAGACAGAAUUUAACUCAGUUAAACAUUGACACCACCGCCACACAAUCACCAUCCAGUUAUUAUCAAUUAUCGUCAGCUGAAUUCAAUUUCACACCUGAUACUCCCUCAUCAUCCGCUACUGUUACUUUAUCAGCAUCAGCUCCCGUAUUCCUUCCUAAUUCGGAUUUUCUCGCCGAUGUUAACAAUCAAAUUAUGAAUAAUGGAUUUGGUGUCGCUGGAAUUGAUUCGAAUCUAUCAAUUGAUACGUCUCUUUUUGAAGUCGCUACCACCGCUUUGUCACCAUCUUCAUCGAGAACAUCAAAUUACGAUAGUGUUGCUGCGGCUACUUCUGGAGGAUCUAUUUUUUCUGUGGAUCAGAUUAUGGACAAUCUCACGACUGUUACACCUGCUGCCAUUUCUACAUUAGAUCAGCAUUUUAGUCCACAACCUACUUUCACUGAACUGCUUACUCAAACGCCACCAAAUGCAAUUAUGGAUUCCAAUUCUGCUGAGGAUAUGGAUACCCGUGCCGAUUAUUUCAACAGAAAAAUUUCACGACAGCAGCAAGACAGUGCUAAUGGCUUUGUUGAUAGUGAUUGUCAACAUCAUGCUCCAAUAACUCCCAUGCGUCGACGAAGUAGUAUCAUGUCAAUUCCACCAAAUAUAAAGUAUGAACAGACAGUGACAACGCCCGUUUUGUCACCACCUGAAACUCCAAAAGAAUUUUAUCCUUCGCCUCCCUCGGCAUCAUCUCCUUCUCCGCCGCAUACACCUACCACCACAUAUGGUCGUCGGGUCUCUAUUUCUCCGACUAUCCUAGAGGAAGACGAAGACGCGUUAUCAUCAAUCAACCCGGACAUGAAUAUGAACGGAGUUUCGGUGUUGUCUUCUUCGAUUCCAUUGAAUUUGACUAAUUCAGUUGAAUUGAUGAAACCAACCAUUCAGCAGUAUUUAUCUUCAUCUAAUCCUGCUUCUUUGGGUGAAAAAACCGUUAUGGUAUUGACUUCAAAAGUUGCUCAGAAAUCAUAUGGAACCGAAAAGAGAUUCCUAUGCCCUCCACCGACUACAUUGAUUUUAGGUUCAAACUGGUGGACCCCAUCUCAAUCUACUACUUCUGAUGGAAUUGUUGGUAAUGGAGCAACAGCUCCCACCACUACUACACUUAGCGCCCCAAAAAUUACCGUGGGCAUAUCAGGCGAACAAGGGCAUCAACAAGGAAUAUUAGAGUGGAUUAGUCCAACUGGAAAUCCUCUUGAUCCAUCAGCAUGUUCGGAAAUGGCUUUCAGCGGAAAAUGUGUAUCUAAGCAUUUAUACAUUAACGAUGCGGAUGAAAAAAGAAAACGUGUCGAAGUGUUGGUAAAGAUCGUAAGUCCACUUGGCCACAAUUUUGGUACUUUUCCGAGCAAACCAAUCAAAGUUAUCAGCAAACCAAGUAAAAAACGGCAAAGCGUAAAGAAUAUGGAAUUAUGCAUUCAUCACGGCACUACAAUUUCAUUAUUUAAUCGAAUUCGAUCACAAACCGUCUCCACCAAAUAUCUUGGCGUGUCAAUGCAUAGCGCGAGUCAAAAUUAUGCUCAGUGGAGUUACAGCGGCGGUGUUGCAACUAUGGAACAACCUUCUCCUUGUUUUGUCGCGCGUACCGGAAGUUGGGAUCCAUUCAUUAUCUGGAUCGUUGACACCAAUUAUGUGAAAAACUCCAUCAAGGCUAACUCCAGUACACCGAUCCCUAUUCAUUAUAAUCAACCUGUUGUGUUACAAUGCUUGACAACUGGUAUGACAAGUCCCGUAAUGGUUAUUCGUAAGGUUGAUAAAGGUAGUAAUGUGAUUGGCGGUGGACUCUUGGAUAAUAUUGGAAUGUAUGGAGACGGCGAAGAAGCUCUUGGCGAUCCAGUAUCACAAUUGCAUAAGGUGGCUUUCCAAAUCAAAGAUACUAAUGCGGCAAAUGCCUCGCAAAUGUUUUCUUCCCCAAAUCAAACACAUCCACCUGGACCGGGCACAUAUUUGGCAUGUCUCGGUGAUGUCGUCGGAAUGCAACGUGCUAACGAAGGUCGAAAAAUGAUUGCACCUUCUACACCUACUACCACUACUCUCAACCAUAGCACUUUUCUUGAUAUGAUGAUUAACUCGCCAUCAAUGCCAUCAUCUACGACAAACACCGAUUACACUCCAGAAAUCGCGGCUGCUUGGAACUUUGCUUCCGCGGCAUCAAUGAGCGAAUCUCGAGUUGUACAAUCGGAAGGUGGUAAAGCUAUUCGCAAGCGACGUGUUUCAACGUCAGUCGCUGUGAAACCUACUACACCUGUCUCGAAAUCAAUAAAGAAUAGACGACGAGUUAAUAGUUUGAGUGGUGUGGCUAGUGAGGUGGAUUUGGCAAGAAUUGUUACUGAUGGACGAGGAAAUACGAAUAAUAGCAAUGCUCGAAAUGUAAAUGACAAUGCUGGGGCUAUUUGGACCGAAGAUGUUACUGAUUCGGCAGUCUGGACUAUUGUAGGAACUGAUUGUGCGACGUAUACAUUUUAUUCGCCACCGACAAUCGUUACGCGACAAUUAGAAUCUACAUCACUAUCUGGAAAUUGCCAUCAUCAUUUACAACAUCAAAUUCCACCACCCCCACCAUCUACCCCUGUCACUCCCAUUCCAAUUGUUACCAAUAUUACAACAGCAACAGCCACCACCACAUCCUCCUCGUCAUCAUCAGCUUCCUCAACUACAUCCAAUACCAUCACUAUGUACGGAGAAAACUUCACCCGUGAUUUGACGGUAUGGUUUGGCGAUUUGCCGAGUCCAAGAACUGAAUUCCGAUCACGUGAAUGUUUGGUGUGCUGGUUACCCGAUGAAUUGUUAUCACCUUUUGGUGGGGAAAACCAAAACAACCACAAAAAUUCGGAUGUCACCGAGAAUAGUUCUAUGUCUAAUAACAGACGAGGAAGUUCUUCUCAUCAACAAUUAUUGCUACAACAACAUCAUCUUCUUCACACUCAAAAUGGCGGGGCGCGACCAAUUUUAUUGAGUCGUAAUGAUGGAGUCGUGUUUAGAACCGGGAAAUUUUACCCGGGAUAA